AUGAGUAACCAUCAUCAUCAUCAUCAUCAUAAUCAUAGUGGUGGUGGAAGUACAAGUAAUGGUCAUUACAUAGAGAAAAAACUGAAUGUUGUCUGCAGAUAUUAUAAGAGUGGAAAGUGUCUAUCAGGUAAAGCUUGCAAGUUCCUUCAUGAGACUGGCGAUACUACCGUCAAUGGACAUGAUUCCACAACAGCUACUUCCACCAACAACAACAACAACAAUAAUAAUAAUAAUAACAAUAAUGGCAAUCAUAGUAAUGCACCCAUUUGUAAAUAUCAUAUGAAUGGAUAUUGUAAAACUGGUUCCAAAUGUCCAUUCCAACAUAUAGAUAGUUCAAAUGGAAACAACAACAACAAUAAUAAUAAUAAUAGCCACACUUCAAAUACAACAACAACAAAGAAAUCAAUUGAAAUAUCAUCAAAUCCACCUUCAACAACAACAACAACAUCAUCAUCUGCAAUAAAUAUCAAUAAUAAUAAUAAUAAUAUAGUAAAUAACACAGUUUCUUCUUCGUCAUCACCACAAAUAUCUGUAGUUAAACACUCACCAAAUAGUAUUCCAAUUUCAACCAACAACAAUAACAAUAAUAGUAUUUCACCAUUAUUACCAAUGUCAUCAAUGCAAGAUCAGCAUAUUAGUAGUUUGUUAGCUGGUAACGGUGGUAGUGGUAGCGGAUCGUUAGUUGUGGAGCAGGUAGUACCAACCAUUCCAAUCAAUAUCGAUUCAUCUUUUAAGUCACGUGGAAUGUUUAUCGAUGACAAUCAACAGUUUCAUAAUCACCAACAGCAACAGUUUCACCAAUCAUCAAUGUCGUCCUCUGCCUCUACCAAUCAUAUGAUUCAAUUCCAAUUCGAUACUAGUCCACGUGACCACAUAGCAUCGGCACCGAUCUCAACCACACCAAAAUCACCUCUGCUCCAUCAUCACCAACAACAACAACAACAACAACAGCAACAUCUCCACCACCAACAACAACAUCAACACUCUGGAGUGACAAACAUUGCACUUUCACCACAGCAACGCAUCAGUAACGCACUUUCAUUCUUCCCAAAUUCACCACGUACCAUCAUCUCGUCGUCUCCAUCGUCGCCAUUCAGUCCACAGUAUGGCUCCUCGCACAACGCCACCAUACUCUCGAGCUCACCCUCGCCAUUCUACCCACUGGGAAGCUUCCAAGAUCCAUCGGGUGUCGACGAUGACGAGCCAUCCGACGACGACGAUGAAGAUCUCAUUGACUUUAACGAUACCGGAUUCAACGUCAUCGAUGACAACUAUGAUGACACUGUCUUUGAUCCUUUCCAAUUCGAUCUCACCAAGAAGUUCAAUGAACACAUAGAUCUAUCAAAUAUACAUAAUAAUAAUAAUAGCAAUAAUAACCAACAAUCAUCUAAUAAUAUAGUAAAUAGUAACAAUCAUCAUGUAUUAAAUAAUCAUCAUCACCAACAACAACAACAAUCAACAAUAACAACAACACCAACAACAAAUAAUAUUAAUAUACUGUUAAAUAAUAAUAAUAAUAACCAACAAUCAUCACUACCUAUUUAUAUACAAAAUAAUAAUAAUAAUAAUAAUAACUUUAAUAAUAUAAAUGAUAAUAAUAGUCCAAAUAAUAAUGAUAUAAUAAUAGUAAAUAAUAAUAGUAAUAAUAGCUUUAAUAAUAGAAAUAAUGAUUUAGUUUUACAACAACAACAUGAUAAUUAUAGUGAGUUAGCAAAUACAACAACAACAUCAUCAUCAAAUUCGACAUCGUCAUCAUCAUCACCAAACAAAGAUUCAACUUUUAAUCAAGAAGAAAAGAAACCUUUAUCCUAUUUAGAAGCAUUGAAAUCAAAUCUACAACUUCCACCAGAUUAUUAUAUUACUUAUGAAAAUCAACCAAAAAUAAUAGAUCAAUCAGCUACAAAAACAGAGGUAACCUUUUUUACUUUUUUGCUUUUUAAACAUGUUAUACCAAAGAGCGUGCAAAAGAACGUGCCAAGAUUAAGAAUCUCGAGUGUGGCAUCUGCUUUGACUCUAUCGUCGAUAAGAACCGUCGAUUCGGUCUGCUAUCUCAUUGCAAUCACGUUUUCUGUCUCGAUUGCAUUCGUGAGUGGCGUGGAUCCACCACCGGUCCCAACGGCCAGAUCAUCACGCCCGUCCACAGCAACAGCACUACAUCGGUGCGUCUCUGUCCGAUGUGUCGUGUCAACAGCUACUUUAUCAUACCGAGCGAUAUCUAUGUGUCGCACGAGAAGAAACAAGAGAUCAUUGAGAUCUACCGUGCCAAGCUCGGCACCAUUCCCUGCAAGUACUUUAACCACGGCAAAGGCACUUGCAAAUUCGGAACCAGUUCUUGGUAUGUUCUUGGCACCACUCAUUCAACAGCAACAACUCCAACAGCAACAACAACAGCGUAGUAGAAAGAUCAUGUCAUCCAACUACCAAGAAGAUUAUGAAUCAUAUGAUGAUGAAGAAUAUGACAAUUAUGAUGAACAAGAAGAAGAUGAUGAAGAUUAUGAUGAUGAAAGAGAUAAUGAGUAA